UCAAAACAAUCCAUCGACCAUUCAGAUUCUGAGCCAUGGAAUCGCAAAAAUAUUUUCUUAUUCGAAAUUGACGGGGCUCAGUAAAAGUCUUGGAUUAUAUUCUUAUUUCUUCAAAAGUGAAUGUAAAUCAUUGUUAUAUCAUCGUUACCGUUUUAUGCGGGUGCAAAAUUAUUUAUCAUUUAAAUCGACGCGAAGCAUGAUAGUUAUAGAUGGCGCUUACGGCUCGUAAAGUUGAGCGAAAUUCGCCCGAUCCAGGCCAUAAGUAUGCAGCAUACAUCUGCGUACUUUGUGCGAGCUAUAUAUAGUUCGCGUGCAUGCAGUCAAUCGAAUCAGUACAUUACGGUAAAGAAGUCCGAUGAGUCGGUUGUAUGCAUGCGACGGCGAGAUCCGAAUUGGCACAACAAAGCGUGCACGCUGCUCAGCAAGUCCAUGCUGAGAACGUACAAUACGAUAGGCCGACUAUACAAAUUUCAAUAGCUGCUGCACGUAAGUACGAUUCAAGUAGAGGCUAAUUCGACCAAUCCAGGCGACUUUAUGACAGUUGACGCAAGUAUCGCAAAGCCACUACUAACGAGUGUUUUGUCGAGGUGCACCUGUAACCAUCGCGUAUGUAUGUACACAUAAUAUAGGUACCACUGCAUACAUGUUACUAUAAUUAGUUAUGAGCUCGGCUCUCGAGGAGUCAUAGUCCACGCGCCUGAAUGACAUAAUCCUCGGAGCCCACAUACCCAAGAGCUAGCUGGAAAUAAUAAAGAAGUGUAUGCUUAUAAGAGCUGAGAAGAGCUACGAGCCUUUGCCUAUUACGUUUGACAUGGUAAAACGGAGUUCCGUUUGAAUACGGACGAAAAAAGUGCCAGGAAUUUGCAUAAAAUGACAGAGCAACAAAGAGUCACUUCAGUUAAUAACACCUUAACAAUGAUGGAGGACAACUGACCCGAACGAUUCGUACCCAAGACCCAUUACAUUAGUAAAAAAUCGAUAUCAAUAUAGAUGGUAAAAUUAUCUAAGUGAACAAUUUUCUUGGCUAUACGUGUGUGAAGUAUGAGCCUAGCAUUAUAAAUUGUAACAGCAUUCAUCCUGCCUCACUUGGUGGGUAAAUAACGACAUAAUACAACUACAAGUGUGUAGGCACAUGCAUAAAAAUUGAGCGUUGUGUACGCGAAUAGGCGAGAGACCGAAGUUGCAAUUUAUUGGGCUAUUUAAUAUUUGUGUGCCACCACUUGGUAGAUUAGACUUUCGAGUUAGCAGUUGGAAGCGCAGAAGCAGUAGCAGCAGCAAUUUACUUUCGGAGUUUCAAGCCGAGUCGUCGAAUAACGAGUCACGACUAUACUAACAAUAUAGCUACGAAAGUGUGGAGGCUCACUGGCUCACUGGCGAGUCGUUGCGAAUCGAAACUCUGCGCGUCGGACUCGUCUGCGUCUCGUAUCUGGCCAAUACAUAAUCGCAAUCGCGCAAGUCCCGUCGGAGCAGAGCAGAGAAAGCAACAGCAGUAGCAGCAGACAACUCAUGUGUCAAGCGUCGACAGUUGUUGCUACUGCUGCGUCGUAUAUAAUUCGCAAUAUCAUAUAUGGUUUGUGAAAGACGCAUAUAGACCGCUGGAAACUGCUCGAUCGGGCAGUCUGCGUUGUGCGAUUCCACGCAACGCGCACCUCGCACGUAUAGGCACACAGAGCAGAGCGAUUAAAUUGCAAUAUUGUCUGCGCGCUGCGCUUUUGUGCGUGUGCAGCAACUCUGCUCUAGUCGAGUGUGCCCGAUACACGUUCGUGCACGCGUGCUGAUUUUUCGCCUUCUUUUUUGUCGCCUUGAUCGUGCAUCGUCGCGCACGAUAUAUAGGCCCGCGUGCGAGCGCGUGCAUGUGUGUACGUACGUAUAUACCACUGUGUGUAUAGGUGUAAGCCAGAGAAGCUAGACCAGUCCACGCACGCUUAUCACGAGCUUCUGCACGAGCAGCCUCGAGACUACGAGCGUCCCAUAUCAGUGUGCAUCGACAGCAGCAGCAAAACAAUCGAUCGCAGCCGACGACCAAAACAAAUCUGAGAUCCUUUCGUUUUGGUGUGUGCCUCGAUCGGAGUUGAGUAGUUACUCCUGCUGCGCUCGGCUGGCUCGUUUACUCUCACUCUCCCUUUUGCCCCCCUCUUUCUCUGUUGCGAGGGCCGCUCGGCCGAGACUUUUCGUCCUUAUACGUCGUCGGACGCGCAGCCAAGGCUACGCUGCAGCCAACGAUCUGCCGCGGCUUGCAUCGGGAUUCGAGGGCGCAACUGGGCCUCCCCCUGAGACACCGAGCUGACACCGAGUGCCAGGGUGGCUGGCCCGUAACGUUCAACAGUUCCUGCUCGCCCCGACCAAGAGCACAACAUAGCCGCCACACCUGAUAUUUCUCUACUCUGUGUAAACGGGGUAUGGUACGCGCGACAACAAUUACCUGGGGCAUGGGAGAGCCCGAUAAGCACUGCCACGGCAGACCCGCUACAUCUUCAGCCUCAGCAACGACGCAUUCUUCCACCUCCACGUCCAGCCACAAAGACCUCGAUGAGGAAGUCGCACUUCAUCCGCUCAGUAACCAGGUCGGAGGUCAUACUCGUCUUCUGCUGCUCAACCAGAAUACUAUCUGCAAGCCGUUGAACUGCAGGGAACUCGACUUUUAUAGGAACAUUCCGCAAGAUAUACAAAUGUUUGUCCCUAAAUUUAAAGGAAUUAUGCAGGCGUCCAACAGCGGUGAAGUCAAGUUGGAAAAGCGCUACAGUCCAAACUUCAGAGAUCAAGAAAUAAGACACAGCGGUAAAUCCUCUACAAAACGAAAACGAGACGAUGUUUUGAGAAUGAAAAUUCAUCGGAAAAACAGUUCGAUAGAUGUUUCAAAAUCAUCAAUGCAUUUGGAUUUAACGGCAAAUAAACAAUAUUUCCUAUUACUAGAAAAUAUAACGUCAUGUUAUUCACAACCCUGCAUAUUGGACCUGAAAAUGGGGACGAGGCAGCACGGCGACGAUGCAACAGCCGAAAAACGAAGCAAGCAGAUAGCCAAGUGCGCUGCAAGUACCUCGGCUUCGCUAGGAGUACGUUUGUGUGGAAUGCAGGUUUAUCAAGCAGACACGGAUCACUAUAUAAAACGAGAUAAAUAUUACGGCAGAGAACUAAACGAGGAAGGUUUCAAAGCAGCGCUUUACAGAUUUUUUCACAAUGGCUAUUCUUUGAGAACUUCUAUAAUUGAAAAAGUCAUAACAAAACUAGAACAAUUGCGCCGUGCUAUCGAAAGACAAAGCAGUUACCGGUUUUAUUCCUGCUCUUUAUUAGUGGUGUACGAAGGCUACCAAGUAGACGCGUACACGGAGCAUCACGACACAUCGCUGGGAGUAGCUGAGCCUUUGGUAACGCACUCGGAUCACUGCUGUUACGACGCAGACACCAGCAACAGCUCGGCGGACUACAAUUUGUCCAGCCACGAAGAAGUUAGUCAAGCUACCUUGCACCGGGGCUUCGGUGAGGCAGCAGCCCGUGGUGCUAAAAAUCCCCUUGGAUUUUAUCCUGUUAACGAGGAGACCGUAUUCAUGGACCAUCAUUCUGUGCACGGUAUUAUGUCGGAUCACCUGAGCCACCAUCACACGGAUAACUGGAUGCUUUAUGGCAACAGCAACAGCAGUAGCAGUAGUAGCAGUAGUAGCAGUAACAGUAGUCAUGGCGCAAGUGGCGACGAAUUUUGCUGCGGUGGUUCGCGACACGGGUUGGUCAUCAACUCCGAAGAUACGAGUUCUGAUCUUGAUAUCAGUCGACUAUCUGAACGUACUGGAUUAAAGCAUAAUCAGAAAUUGCAGCUUCAUUGUAGACAUCAUAGGCCCGUUCAAAAAAAUGAGCAUGGCAAUGACGAUGACGAUGAAGAAGAAGAUGAUGAUGAUGACGACGAUGAAGAUGACGUUUGUACCAGUAUUUCAAAACGAUUAAAAGUCAAAGUCACUUCAAGCACAUCUGCUACUGCUAAUAUUGGGCAGAAAAGUACUUUAGACGACUCUCUAGUCGAUGUGCGCAUAAUCGAUUUUGCUCACACGUCUUUUUCGCAUGGUCAUAGUACUUCAGCAGCCAGCUGUUCCAAUGCUACCCUUCAUCAGGGUCCGGAUUGUGGUUUUCUUACUGGGCUUGACAGCCUUAAGCGCCUGUUACUGGAGAUACUCAAUGAAGGCUAAUUUUUUUAUACAUCUCCGGUAAACGCUCACGAUAAUUGUAUUUUUGUGUAUGAGGCUUGUUGGCGAUCAAACUAGUCUCUAAAAGGUGAACAUAAUUAGUUACGCAGUCAAUUUUGAUUCAUUCCCGUAAAUGAUGUGUUUUAUAUUUUUAGAUUAUAUCGACUCAAGUCGACUCAAAAUUGUUGGGAAUAAUUGAUGGUAGCACAUGUAUAUUGGAUACGAAUACUGAGAGCCGUGAAUGCCGAAGGAAAUAUCUAAAAAUUGAUAAAUUAUAAAUUAUCAGGCUGAAAUUGUCAAAUGGAAAUUUGAUUAGUUUUCUAUAGUUUGAAACUAUGCAAUUUUUCUUUAGCUAAAUUAAUUUAUCAAUCAAAUUUCUCAAUGAGGCCUAUGUAUAUUAAAAUCCUCAAUGUUGUCAACGGCUAGUUUUGAACUAUUAUGUUCAAAAUAAAAACGAAGACUUACUAUUCUAGUAGAUGGGAAAAUGCCGACGAUGCCUUACGCAUGCGUUUGCGACAUUGUCUAACGAUUGAAACAAAAUUAUUAAAUUCUUCAGAGAAAAUCUUUGAAUGGGUAUAUGCAACACAAAAAUAUCCUAAUGCAAAGCUAGAAACAAUGAUGAAAAGGUUCCUGCCAAAAGUAUAUGGUGUUGAAUUACACAUUCACAAUAAUUAAAUAUUGCCAAGUACAUUAUUUCACAAUAAUCAAAUGUUUUCUCCUGCAAUAAAACUGCUGGGAAAAAUUACUCUACUAACAUUCAUAAUAAUUUGGUGCAUAAACCCAAUUACAGGAAAAAGUAGGCAUUCUAGUGUCUAUUGUAAUUUUUAAUUAAAGUAUGAAUGUGUUUGUUAUUGAAUCUGUAAUAAAAGUAAAAGUCCAUAAAAUUAGAUGUGAUGAAAAUACAGUGUUAGUAGCAAAAAAUAGGUAAAAGAUCAACCAUGGUUCUAUUAGCGCACUUUUAUUUUUUAUUGUUGUGACAGUUAUGUUGUCAUGGAAAAUGGAUCAUUCUUUGCUUCGUGAUUAUAGUGAAUUAAGUACCUUAGGAUGUACAUUUAAAUAAGUCUUACAUCGCAUAUGUAUACGCGUGAUGUAAAAUAUUAUUUUUUACUUCCUUUAUUGUAAAUAUUAUUUUCAUUGACUUUUUAGAAAAGUGUCUAUUUCAACCGAAAUUUAAGCCCAAAAAUGUAUAUCUUCGUCGAAAGCUAAAAUAAUCAGCACGAACUUAGUACAAUACGUACUUAGAUCGCCUAAUAACAAUACCUUAAGCACUCGUUAAUUAGCUUUGACCGCUAAUUACACUUCCCUUUGGCUAGGGUGAUUUUACAUGCCUCACCUUCAUUACAGCUUACUGAUAUAAGUCAGCUUUGUUUACGAGAUUCGGCUAUUUUCUAUUACCGAUCGGUGGCGGGUGAGGCUUGGUCUGACGAGAUAAAUCAACGUUGUAAUCUCAAAGUUGCGAGAGAACUUUCCGAGAGGAUCCUCUAUCAUACAUAAGGAUUUGUCUCCUCAGCUCACAGUAAAUCAGUUUUGGUAUGUAAAAUCGCCGAGUCCAAAUAAGCGUCCUUGCGUGUAAUUAUACGUGCCUUGGGGCUUUUUUGUGGUUCGAGUACGUAGUAUACUACUUCGUAAAUCUUACAGCAGAAAGUAAAUAUUUCGUUCGACUUGCGACUAUGAUAGUAUGAAAGAAACUAUUUUUACAACUCAAAAUGUCAGAUUUACGAGAACACAUUUACCUUCAUCAACAUAAAUUAUUAGAAAAAAUAAUAACAAAUGUUAUAAGCUGAUACUUUAAAUAAUUCGAGUAAAAAUCUAUAAUCGGUACUGAAUGUGAUAAAAUAAUAUAAGAUGAAAAUAUUUACAUAAAAUUGCAAUGAUAAUGUUUCGUAGCUCUAGAUUUUGAAUUUAAAAUAUUUUUACGAAACACAGUUAAUGAAUUAAACGUAGAAAAUGUUUCAACAAUCAUUCACGAUCAUUUUUAUAAUUUUAAAACUGAACAAACAGAAUUUGGUGUACAUAUUUAAUUAUAAUCCAGUUCCUGCCGCCAUGAUUUUAAGCAUUUGUAGGUCUAAAACGAUUGUAUUAUCUAGUUCUUCCAAGGAAUUGAACAUAUGUUUAAUAAUUAAAAAACAUAUAUAUAUUAUAUAUAUGAAAGACGAUGUUGCUUUAGUGUAACUUGUAUUUAAACUGAAAAUAGUAGUUGUAAAUAGAUCUAUUAUUCUUAAUAAAGGAUAAAUAUAAAUUAAAAUUCUGGAAUAUUUUAUAUAGAUAAAAAAGCAAAAAUCUGUGUAAAUACCCUUACUCGAGAUACCCUCAAAUCAUUUCUUAUACUCAAAUUAUCAAAUUUUACACUAUCUCGAGAAACAGUUCUUCAACUCAAAAAUUUCAGUGCAUUAUUUAUCAAAACUAUAUAUACAAAUUAAGUUUAUGUUGAACUAUUGGGCUUGGUAGAUGAUUCUGCAUAAAAUUAAUUUUUAAGUCAAAAUGAAACAAUAAAUAUAAACACAUUCACAACACAAACAGUAUGUAUAUAUUGUUAUACUGUAUAAUCAAUUAUAAAAUAGAUUGAAAUAAUAAAAUUGGUUUGUUUACUAAAUUACUAUUGAUUGAUACAUUUUAGUUCACAUAAUUAUUAAUACGAAGAUUUAUCAAAAAGAUGCUGUAGUCAAAGUGAAAACUUUAUAAUGUUAUGUUCUCUGAGACUCGUACUAUACAUUUUUCGUUGACGGCUCCGUGAAAAAUCAUUGAAAAAAGUUAUAAGUAGAACUUUUUUACUAUAAAUUAGUUAUAUAUAAUAGUAUAUAUAUUUAGUAUUUGUAAAUGUACUUUGUGAAAAUACACGUUCGGAAUUCGUUCAACUUUUCUUAUAAUUCGAUUUAAUUUUUUUAUGCAUUCAAAAAUUAGGUUGCGAAAACGCUAAUAGCACUUUUGUUCAGUUUCAAAUGACAUGAAAGGCACUCCUUUGAAAUAAGUAACUUUAAAAACACUAUUAAAAAGAUAUUGCAAGUACUAACUCUUUAUUCUAAACUAAUAGAAUGUAUAAUUUGUGAUGUGCAGUCAAAUAAAUAUUUGUUUUAGAUAAAGCAAAGACUUAUUUAUAAUCACCAUGAGCCAUCAUUACAGGGUUCAAACAUCUAAAUUUGUUUUUGAAAAGUCAAAAAUCGUCGGUUUAAAUGUUUAGAACUAAUUCAUCGCGACACAAAUACACUAUCAAAAUAUGUAUAUACUAAUUUUUAUCAAAAUAUGCAAAAAUAAAUAAUCUUGAGGAUAACAACAA